GCCUUUUUUUCUUUAUUUUGUUUUGUUUUUUUUCCGAUUUGUUUAUUUAUUUUGAAUUCCAAUUUUCUAAUGCCUUAAAUGCUUUUACUUUGACAAUUUUGACAAUCUUACCGUUCAUUUAAUUAAUGUCUGAUAAUAAUGCCUGAAUCAACCGGAAAAUCAAAUGGUCGAAAAUCCGCCUACGAUACUUUACGGGCAAGUUUCGAAGUAUUGAAUGAUCAAUCCGAUAAUCCACAAAUAACCGAAGAUAAUAAAGCCGAUUGUAUUAGUACAACUGAUAUCGAUUUUCUUAAAGAUCUUAUCGAAUCUCCUGUGGUAAAAAAUUUAUUAAGAGUACAAGAACGUUUAGAAGAAACAGCUGAACGUAUACGACAAAAUCAACAACAAAACGAUCAAUGGUUUGAUGAUGCACGAUCGAUUGUAGAAGAAGUUAAAUCUAUUUGCCGUCAGCCACAAAUGUUACGACAUAAUCCUAGAGAAGCAAAAGAAUUAACACGUUUAUUGAAUGAUCCACAUGUUGAUGCAUUGAUUGAAGCACAUGAUCGUAUUGCUCAAAAAGAUUAUCGUGAAACAAAAUUAGCUACUGAAGAGGAAUACGAAAUGGAUGUAAUGAAUGGAAAUAAUGAAAUUGAUGGUGAUAUGGCCAUGGUAGGAUCUGCACAUGGAGAUAUGGCUACCAGUGCCAUACGAAUGGUUGGCAUACGUAAAUCAAAAAAUGAACCAUUAGGAAUGACCGUAAAAGUUGAAGAUGGUUUGGUUGUCAUUGCUAGGAUAUUAGCCGGAGGUCUUAUUGAAAAACAAGGAUUACUACAUGUUGGUGAUAUUAUAUUAGAAGUGAAUGGACAGGAAAUUGAUUCACCCGAACAAUUACAAGAAGAACUUCGAAAAUCUGAUGAAUCGGUAUUAUUUAAAAUUUCACCAUCGGCAAAAGAUUCUGUUCCAGCAUCAGCAUGUUUUAUGCGAGCACUAUUUUCAUAUGAUCCAAGUCAGGAUCGUUUACUUCCUUGCAAAGAAGUUGGUAUCGCAUUUAAACAAUGUGACAUAUUGGAAGUAUUAAAUCAAGAAGAUCCAAAUUGGUGGCAAGCACGUCGUGUUGAUUCACCAAAUAGUCGUGCCGGUCUAAUUCCUUCACAAGAACUGGAAGAACGACGACGAGCAUUUGUACGACCAGAAUUUGAUUAUGCAACUAAAACAAGUAUAUGCGGUACAAAAAUAACGAAAAAGAAGAAAAAAGAAAUGUAUCAUUUGCAAUCGAAUUUUGAAUUCGAUAAAGCAGAAUUAUGUCUAUAUGAAGAGGUGUGUCGUACGCCACCAUUCGAACGUAAAACACUUAUACUAAUCGGUGCACAAGGUGUUGGCCGUGGACAAUUAAAAAAUCGUAUUGUUGAAUAUGAUAAUGAACGAUUUGAAAUUCCAUUACCACAUACAUCAAGACCAAUUCGUGUUGGUGAAAAUGAUGGUCGUCAAUAUUAUUUUGUAUCACGUGAACAAAUGGAAAAAGAAAUUUCCGAAGGUAAAUAUCUUGAAUAUGGUGAAUAUCAAGGCCAUCUAUAUGGAACAAAAUUAGAUACAAUAAGAAAUGUUAUCAGAUCGGGUAAAAUGUGUGUUAUUGAUCCGAAUCCACAAUGUUUGAAAUUGUUAAAAAAUGCAGAAUUUAUGCCUUAUGUUGUAUUCAUAGCUGCACCAUCAUUAGAUCAACUUCGUUAUAUAAAUGAAAUGAAUCGUAGUAAUACAUACGGGUCUCGUACGUACUAUACGUUUGAUCGAGCAGUUGGACGAUCUAGACGUGGUCGUACAAUGCAAAGUUUAGCUGAAUUCUAUGAAGAUGAAGAUCUACAGGUGACAAUUGAAGAAUCGGCAAGAAUUCAAAGAUUAUAUGAAAAAUAUUUCGAUUUAACUAUUAUCAAUAAUAAUUAUGAAAAAACAUUUGAAUUGUUAAGAGAAUCAGUAGAUAGUUUAUCAAUCGAACAUCAAUGGGUACCGAUUAAUUGGAUAUAUAAUAGCGAUUAAUGAACAACAACAACAACAUUUCCUUUUUUUCACAUUAUUCUUUGCAUAAU